AUGGGAGAUGAAGCGCAUCAAUUGGCUUCUUCAUCAUCAUCAACAAUACAAAUUGUUUCUAUAUUUAAUUUGGAGAAUGCUGCUUUUUCAAAGGAUAAGAUUGGUUAUGGAGGAUGUCGGUCAGUAAAUGAAUUCGAAAAAAUGAAUCGUGUUGGUGAAGGUACAUAUGGCAUUGUAUAUAGAGCCAAGGAUACAAAAACGGGAGAAAUUAUAGCACUAAAAAAAGUAAGGAUGGAUGAGAAAAGUGAAGAGAAUGGAAUUUCAAUAUCGGCAAUCCGUGAAAUUCAUUUGCUGAUGAGUUUGCACCACAAAAAUAUCGUAGAAUUGAAGGAAAUUGUAGUAGGACAGCAGUUAACUUCAAUUUUUCUUGUUAUGGAAUACUGUACUCAGGUAAUCCUAAUUUUUGAGAAGCCAGGAGGAUGA